AUGAAGAGUUUAGAACAGACUAUAAGAGAUAUGCAGGGACUAGGUUGCCACAAAGGUAUCUCAUUCAAUGACUUGUGUAUGUUUCCCCACGUUCAUUUGCCUACUGGUUUUAAAACUCCAAAGUUUGAGAAAUACGAUGGUCACGGAGACCCCAUAGCUCAUUUGAAGAGAUAUUGCAAUCAAGUGACGUGUGCAGAGGGCAAACAAGAGUUGCUUAUGGCCUAUUUUGGGGAAAGCUUAGUAGGGAUUGCAUCCGAAUGGUUCAUAAAUCAGGAUAUUUCCAACUGGCAUACAUGGAGGGAGCAAGCUGCUAGGAUUAAACCACCAAUGAAGGAGUCGGAAAUGAUAGAUGUUUUUCUCCAAGCACAAGAACCUGAUUACUUUCACUAUUUGCUUUCUGCCGUCAGAAUGACAUUUGCUGAAGUUAUUAAGGUUGGGGAAAUAGUGGGAAAUGAUAUCAAGUCUAGAAAGAUUGUAAGCCAAGCUACCUUAAAUGUGACAAAACAAGUGCUUCAAAAUGGUUCUGGAAAUAUUGGAGGGAAGAAGAGAAGGGAGGAUAUAGACAUUGUUGUAUCAAUGCCUCGAACUUAUGUCUAA